UUUGCGGAAGACGAAACAAAACUGGACUCCUGUGGUUGUACUAGCACGUCAAUGUGCCUCGCAUCCCGAUUCCAAAACAACGUGAGAUCAUCUCGAAGAUUUUCAUGUCAACUAUAUAAAGUUUUCAAAUCACUAAUCCGGUCAUUAUUUACAUGACCAUGCUGUCGAAGUCAUUUCUUUGGCUUCUGCUUCUUUGUUGUCGCCUCGGGGAGUCCAAGAGAAGAAACGUUCUUCUGAUUAUCGAUUAGAAUUGUUAACACCAGAAGCCUGUAGUUUUGAGGCUGGCACUGGACAAAAGGCAUUUGCCGGAAUCGUUUUCCAACAUCGUCAAACAAUUCUCAGGGCCAAGGUCCCCAGGAUCUCAGUUGAUCAAGAUCUCCAACGCAGUUGACUUUACUUCUCUACAUCUUUUUUUACAUCAUGAUGUCAUCUGCAGUGAUGGAAAGAAGUGACACGCCUAUUUUGACUAAAUAAGGAGUGGAAAGUACUGGUAUCUUUUCAAUUGUAGAGAGCAAAAUUAAAAAGCCAUCAGAAAAAUAAAUACGCAAGUGAAGUACAGAUACCUUAAAAAUCGACUUAAGUAGAGUGACAAACAUUUGGACUUGUUACUACCUACCACUGCAUAAGAUCCACGACGUCUGUGGUCGUGAAAUACAGUAAUUAGGAUUAUAAAAGGAUCACGAUACAUAAAUAGUAUUGCUUUUAGCGUUGAACACGAACGGUUUUGUUUUGUUUGUUUUCUUUUGUUUAGCUCAACAAAAAUUAGAAGCAAUUUGCACACGACACUGUGAAUACCUGCAAACUCAGGAGAAGGUGUACAUGACCUAAUUGUAUAACUUCUUUAGUAAUCCUGCCACAAAUUACACAACGAGAGACCAACUGUUGCCUUUUAUCACACUUUUAUUCGCAAUUUAUUUACAAUUAGUUUGCGAUGGUCUUGAGACAGCUCUCUGCUCUUCCCCAUCAUGAGAUGUGUCUUGACUCACACCUUUGCAAUGAGACAUUUUUGUAGGCCAAUUUGUAAUUAGGACUGAACCAUCUGAUAUUCAUUUGCACUGACAAGGGGCUGGAUUGCUGUUUGAUUAUGAAUAGAUUUUAGGCCUUGUCUUGGGUUUCUAUGCCUUUUUGCACCUCCCUUUCUUCAUGUGUUCAAUACUUUUUCCCUGUGUCAGUUCACAUUUUUACACACAACUUAAUUUCCGAGCUUAUUUGUUCUACUUUCUUCGUAUGUAUGGAUAACUUGGGUUGUUCCCAACAUCUGGUAAACUUUUCAGGUCAAUAGCAACUUUGAAAUUAUAUUUAGUGAGAAAGAUAGUGACGUGUUAAAUACUUAUUUCAGCCGCUGUAGAUGUAAACGCAGUUCGUCUGAGAGUCCGCUUGUGUUUUUCCCCUCCGGUAGCUGAUGAUGCCGGGUUUGAGACUGAGGUGUACAACAACUCUGUGGUCCGCACCCCUCACUUGCGUUCUCUGGCCCAGCACAGCGUCGUGUUCAACAACGCUUUCACCUCGGUCAGCAGCUGUUCCCCCAGCCGUUCCACCAUCCUCAGUGGCCUGCCACAGCACCAGAAUGGCAUGUACGGCCUUCACCAAGGGGUCCAUCAUUUUAACUCUUUCGAUGGCAUCCAAAGUCUGCCGCUGCUCCUCAGUCAAGCUAACAUACACACAGGUAUCAUUGGAAAAAAGCAUGUUGGUCCUGGGUCAGUCUUCCCUUUUGACUUUGCGUACACGGAGGAAAACAACUCUGUCCUCCAGGUGGGGAGGAACAUCACCCGCAUCAAACUUCUCGUCCGAAAGUUUUUCCAGACCCAUAAAGAGGAAGCUUUUGUGAGAAACCAAAAAGCAGACGUCAACAAUUUGAAAGAUGAAGAGAGGCCUUUUUUUCUGUACGUUGCCUUCCAUGACACCCACCGCUGUGGGCACUCCCAGCCCCAGUAUGGAGCUUUCUGUGAGAAGUUUGGAAAUGGUGACAUGGGAAUGGGCAGAAUUCCUGAUUGGACGCCACUAUAUUACACGCCAGAGCAAGUUAAGGUUCCGCCUUUUGUACCGGACACACCUGCAGCACGAGCUGACUUGGCCGCAUUGUAUACUACAGUUAGCCGACUGGACCAAGGUAUUGGAUUAGUUCUUCAGGAGCUCAGGGACGCUGGUUAUGAGAAUGACACUCUGAUCAUCUACAGCUCCGAUAACGGCAUCCCCUUCCCCAAUGGCAGAACCAACCUUUAUCACUCCGGCACAGCGGAACCUAUGCUGGUGUCCUCUCCAGAGCGCAGGGAGCGAUGGGGACACACCAGCCAGGCCUAUGUCAGCUUAUUAGACAUCACUCCCACCAUCCUGGACUGGUUUUCUGUCCCCUACCCUUCAUACAGCCUCCCUGGCAACGCCGCUGUCCCAGUACACCUCACUGGCCGCUCUUUGCUUCCCGUCCUGGUGACUGAGCCCGGCAGCUGGCACACAGUCUACGCCAGCCAAUCACUGCACGAGGUCACCAUGUACUACCCAAUCCGUGGUGUCCACCAGGGGGCAUACCGCCUCCUCCACAACCUCCACUACCGCAUGCCCUUCCUUGUCGACCAGGACCUGUAUGUUUCGGCCACCUUCCAGGACCUGCUGAACCGCACCAGGCUGAGUGAGCCCACACACUGGUUCAAAAGCCUGCAGCAGUAUUACUACAGGGAGCGCUGGGAGCUGUACGAUACCAGAAGAGACCCUCUGGAAACAAAGAACCUGGCGUCAGACCCGUCAUAUAGUGGCGUGCUGGAGAGCCUGAGGCAGACUCUCCAGAAAUGGCAGUGGGAGACGGGGGACCCCUGGGUGUGUGGAGCAGACUAUGUCCUGGAAGACAAGCUGGAGCCACAUUGCAGACCACUUUACAAUGGACUCUAAUGGUACCUUACCCUAUCCUAAUUGACAUAUUAAGUCUGCACUCAUGUUAAAUCAUGUUGAUUUAUAUUUGUGUAUGCUGCUUUUAAUGGUCAAAAAUAAACAUUUUACU